UGUAUUGUCAAGUCAAGACCAAGUCAAAAUUUGUGCUUUGCUUUUGGAUUUGGAAGAAGUUGGUUCGAUAUCUUCAGAAAUUUAUGAUUAAAAGCUUAAUAUUAAUAGCAAUUUGACUAUUAAAUAUCCGUUACUCUUAGGUAGUAAAUAAUUAAGAUGGCGGGUCAAAUUUUGUUCCAUUUGCUUGGGGCUUUACAGUUCGCCUAUGGGUGUUAUUACGAUCACACGUAUGUAAGACUCCCGGGCACGACUGGUGCAGGAUCCUUUGGAGGAAAGUUAAAGUUUUUAACUUUCAUUGAUGCCAUAAUUCAAACUGUGUACUUCACUGUGGCGCUAAUAAACGAUGUUUGGGGCUCCAACGAGCCGACGCCGUCAGCGAAGCCACUGAUUCGACGCAUAAAGGACACCUUGUUUAGUACUUUAGCAUUCCCAGUGGCAAUGUUUGUUGGCAUCACUUUCUGGGGCAUUUACUCCAUUGACAGGGAGUUGAUCCUACCACAGAGAUUGGAUGCGAUUUUCCCAUCAUGGUUGAACCAUGUCAUGCAUACCAAUAUUGUAGCUUUUACUUUAAUUGAACUUCUAACAUCAUUCAGAAUGUAUCCGUCAAGAAAACAUGGUAUUUCCCUUUUGACCACUUUCAUGUUAUGCUAUAUGGUCUGGAUACAUGUCAUAUAUGUCCAUACUGGAGCUUGGGUUUAUCCAGUGUUGGAAGUUCUUAACUGGCCGCUGAGAAUUGUAUUUUAUUUGUUCAGUCUUGGUUUUGUAUUAUCACUGUAUGUUGUUGGAGAGAGAAUGAACAAAGCUGUGUGGUCCAAAGAAAUAGAGAAGACAGUUAAGUCAGGAAAGAAAAAAGCUAAGUAAUUAUGUAACAUUUAGUACAAAAUAGGGUUUAGGAGAGUACUUGUAACUUAUUUAUUCUUAGUUGGGAUGGUAAUAUGUUUAUUUUAAGUGGGAUGGUAUUAAGGUGUGGUUGAUUGAUAAUGUUGUACAGCUUAUUCUUGCUAUAGCUCUGUUUCUUUAUGCAGUAAGUCUCAAUAUUAUAAUAAACUGGUUGUGAUCAGUGACAUAAUAGCAAUAUAAAGUGUACUACUAAAUUCUAUACUAUGAAUUCUGUUCUUACUUCAGGAAUAGGUCUAGCUCUAGAUGUAACUAGACUAGUCUAGUCUAUUAAAUGUCGCAACCCAUACCUAGCAUUGCUGUGGGCAUUCUUCAAAAAAUCUCAAUCCUAAUACUCAUUUGUGUCUUUACAGAAUACUUUACUUAUACAGGGGUUUAGUAUCUUUUUUUCGGCCCCUCUAAUAUUUUAUUAUGUGGCCCUUUAACAUUUUAUGAUAUGAUCGUAUAAAUACAAGAAAAUGUAUAGAUUUUGUUAAUCAAAACUGUUGGUGGAAACUUCUGCAUCAGAACCUUCAUUAUCAGACUCAACAACUAAGCAAAACAACAAUUGUACAACUAUUCAGAAAGCCUAGAUAAAUUUAACAUAUUUUAAAGUGACUUAAUUUCCAAGUGUAGCUGUGAUAUGCUAUGCUAAAUAUUUAAGCUAUAAAAAUUACUAAAUAUAGGCUCCUAGGAAAAUUUAAGCUUGUAAUAUGUUGAAUAUACAAGAAAUAUUAUUAUGGGUAUUUUAACAGUUAUAUAAGUACCAUGUAGGAAGUACAUGGUCCAAUAUAUUAAGUCAAAAUUUUUAUCAAUAGAUAAAUAGAAACCCAACAUUGUAAAGUUGGAUGGUUUUAUGAUUAGGUUUCAAUUUUAAUUUUGCCUGUGUUACACUCAGUAUUUUUAUUUAUACUUGGAAAAUAAAUACAAGUUUGAGCCAAUUACAAUAAUAAAGGGAAAACAUUUCCUUCCUUCCUGUAAGUAAGAAUGAAAUGUGUUUAUUUAAAAUUAUUUAGAAACAAGUCUGAUGAAACCAAAUAACAUUUAAUUAUUUAGUUAAGUAUAAUGCAAUAUGGGUUUUUAUAUACUGCCUAAAUUAUUUCCGUUUGAUUCUGACAUUCCAAUUUCAAAUACGAUUUAAAAGCAUUUCAAACAAAACAUGUAAACCUACUUAGUCUUUGGAAACGUUGGUACGUACAAAGCUCUCACAAAUAUUUGAACAUGGCUCAAAGUGAAAGGGUUCAAAUAUUUUUGAGCAACCUGUAUGUACCCUAUAUUUUUGAUGGCGACUGAUCACAAAUCCAAUAGGUACUUACGUUAUAAAUUACCUACUUAAUGGCGUGACCGCGACAACAAUUCAUGUUUCGUUAAUGAACUGUAGGUGUAAUACCAGUGAAACCAGGGAGUAUAUUUUAUUAAUUAUUAUUUUGAUUAUGUAAAUUUUGGUCACAAACAUGAAUCCGAAAAUGUAAAAGAGAAGACCUAAGAUUUUUUAAAAGUUAAAUAAAGGCCUCGUAUCAA